AUGUCAACACCAUGCGCGGCGUGUAAGUACCUAAGGAGAAAAUGCACAGAAGACUGCAUAUUUGCGCCUUACUUCCCUGUGAACAAACAAGACAACUACGCAGCGGUCCACAAGGUAUUCGGAGCUAGCCACGUUGCUUCACUUCUCAAAGAUAUUCACCCAAACCAGAGACAAGAUGCUAUGAACUCGCUCGCUUUCGAGGCACAAGCUUGUAUCCGUGACCCUGUAUAUGGUUGCACUCGUUACAUUUACCUCCUCCAACGUCAGCUUAAGUACCUUCAAGACCAAAUCCAAAUCGCCAAGAACGAGCUCGCCAAUUACACUAGACUCGAGCCACCUCCUCCGAUUACGUAUCAGCAAAACCAUCACAAUCCUAUGAUGAUGCCUACUACGGCUAAUUAUGGGGGUCAAUUAACGGCUCAGCAGUUACAACAGUUACAUGAAGAGGUUCACCGUUUUGCAACCGUAGAAACCGCUCAAAUGCCGCAAACGCCAGAGACGCAGACGCAGCUCAAUCAGUGA